AUGAAUAAAUAUGUAGACGAAAAUGCAGCUUUUGAAGAUACAUAUAAAAUUGUUCUAGUGGGAGAUACAAAUGUGGGAAAAACGCAUUUAUUGAAAAGAUUUAUAAAAAAUAAUUUAGCUUGUAGUGUGGCGCCAACAAUAGGAGUUGAAUUUUAAGCAAAAACAAUUUAAUUAAAAGAUGGAAAAAUAAUAAAGGUAUAAUUUUGGGAUACAGCUGGUUAAGAAAGAUAUAGAUCUAUAACUAGUUUUCAUUAUAGAAAAGCAUUAGGUGCAUUACUUGUUUAUGAUAUCACUAAAGAAAAUACUUUUAAUUCAGUUCAAAAAUGGAUAGAUGAAAUAAAAAAUUAAUCAAGUUCAGAUAUUAUAAUAAUGUUAGUUGGAAACAAAUUAGACUUAGUUUAAAAUAAUCCUUCUUUUCGAAAAGUUAGUAAAGAAGAUGCUAAAAAUAUAUCUUUAGAACAUAAAAUGUUUUUUGAGGAAACUUCAGCUCUAACAUCUAAUAAUGUUGAUUAAACUUUUGAAAAAUUAUUAAAUGUUUAAAAUUUACAAUUUUAAUAGCUCGAAUAAUAAUAUGAAAACAAACUAUGCAUUUUAUAAUUAAAAUUCCAAGACUAAAUAAAAGAAUCUUAAGAAUUAACAAUAAAUACCGAUAGUGAAAUAAAACUAAAUGAAUUCUUCGAAUUCUAAAACAUAAAAUAUGACGAUAUAAUCGAGUUUUUAUUAAUACAAAAAUCUGAUGACUAAGAAUAAAUAGCUAAAAGUGACUUAAUUAUAAUAGAAACCAUAUAAAUAGAUUUAGAAAAUUAAAAAAAAAUAAUCCUUUAAUAAAAUGACUAAAAUAUACUCGAAAUAAAUAUUUCUUUGCUUUUAAACUCUAACCAAAAGGCCGAAGAAGCACCUGAACCUGAACACUAAAAAAAUUAAAAUAGACAAGAAAACUCUAAAUAAUCAUCAUAAAAUUCAUUAUAAAAAAAAAUAAAUAAUGAUUAAUCCUCUAUUUUGCCAAAAAUAAAAGCAGAAUACUCUCAUUUAAUAUAAAACUCUAUUUUAGAUUAAUCUAAAUAAAUAUAUGGAUAUGGAAUAUCUCAUUAUUAGUCUGCGUCUUCCCUCCAGCAUUCCAUUUAAUAUGUUUCAUUUCCAAAAGAGAAAAGAUUUGCAGUAAAAACUGAUUAAUUAAAUACAGGAAAUGAUUCAGUAGUUUGUCUACCAUCUAUAUUUGAUAAUUCAUAAAAGUAAAAAAACAAAAAAAUAUUAUUUGGUUUAAAAAAGAAAAAAAAAAAAGAAAAGGACCUUCUAUAGGUUAUGGUAAUAAAUCUAUAUUACCAGACUAUGUAUUAAAAAACGCUAAAUAAAAUCCUUCUCCUGGUCAAUAUGAUGAAGAUUAAACAAAAUAAAACUAAAAUAAAAAAAACAAAGGGAUAACAUUUGGAGUAAGCCGUGAAUGUUAUAAAAAAGUUUACAUUCCAGGACUUAAAUAGGCAGAUCCUGAAAAUGCUAAGGAUAUACCAGGACCUGAUUAAUAUUCUUAAGUAACUUUAUUCGGGAAAAAUAAACAUACUGGUUUUUCUCUAGCAGGGAAAUUCGAAUUGA